AUGAUGGCCCUCAACAACCGCAAGAGAAUGUCCACCGACGGCAUGUUCGACAUGACCUUGGCAUCUCCAAACAAGAAACCCGCUCUGUCACCAUGGGACGAACCUUCUCUCUUUGAUAUGCUCUCAGAAGGGCUGAAUAUCGAGGAGUCCCAAAGAACUGGCCUCGAUUUUCCCACUUCCAAGCCAGAUAUUGUCCCUUUGCUUGAUACCCCAUUUGAAGCGUUGAGGGCAAAGAACCCCAUGGUCAAGCACCAAGACAACUAUCCCCAAGAAGGAUGGAAGACCAAGCUGCAGCAGAAGGAACUUGGUGCACAUACCUCACGGGUUUUGGGAACACUCUCCGCUGCCAUCCCCAUCUCCCCUGCUGGCCCUACCCCUGUGACUCCUCCGACACAACCACCGAAAGAAACCAGCCGGCAGUUCCUCUACAAACAUGUUCCUUCUGCUGCAGAUCUGAUUGACACUUUGGCGACUGACGACGACGUUGUAUUUGGAAUCCCCUUCAGAGCAUUCUGA